GAGGGUCCGGCUGUGCGUGAGGGGGUGCCCGAGCAGAGGGGGAGGGAGGAAGGCGGGCGGGGGCGGGGGCCGCGGGCGGGGCGGAGGCGGCAGCGGCCGCCCGGGGCUUUGCCCGCUCUCUCUCCGGCGCUGCCAUGGCUCCGCUCCGCUCCGGCCCGGCGUGGUGGCGCGUCCUGUCCCUGGCCGUGCUCGGCCCCGUGCUCUGCGGCCGCCCGGCGCGGGCCGAGCCGGAGCCGGGGCCGGGGCCGGGCCCGGCGGCGGCGGAGGACCCGCACGGGCGGCACCUCUACAGCGCGGAGAUGCUGCGGCACGGCGCCGCCGCCGCCCCCCACUUCGUCAUGUUCUUCGCCCCGUGGUGUGGACAUUGUCAGCGCCUCCAGCCAACUUGGAAUGAUUUGGGAGAUAAAUACAACAACAUGGAAAACCCACAGGUCUAUGUUGUUAAAGUGGAUUGUACUGUAGAUAUUCCACUGUGCUCUGAAUUUGGCGUGCGAGGAUACCCUACGCUAAAGUUGCUUAAGCCAGGACAAGAACCUCUGAAAUACCAAGGCCCUAGGGACUUCCAGGCACUGGAAAACUGGAUGUUGGAGAAACUAAAUGAGGAACCAUCUGACCCUGAAUCUGAUGUGGAACCACCAAAAACCCCUGAACCUAAGCAGGGAAUGUAUGAACUCUCAGCAGACAAUUUCAAGAUGCAUAUAGCAGAAGGUAAUCACUUCAUCAAGUUCUUUGCCCCUUGGUGUGGUCACUGCAAGGCUUUGGCCCCGACCUGGGAACAGCUGGCUCAAGUCUUUGAGCAUUCGGAAGCUGUCAAAAUUGGUAAGGUCGACUGUACCCAGCAUUAUGAAGUCUGCUCUGAAACCCAAGUUCGUGGUUAUCCCACACUCCUCUGGUUUAGGAAUGGUGAAAAGGGUGACCAGUACAAAGGGAAGAGGGAUUUUGAUUCUUUAAAAGAAUAUGUGGAGUCCCAACUACAGAGCUCUGGGAAAGAGCCACCAGCAGAUAAACCUGUUGAAGCCCCACAGCCACCUGCAGAACCCACCCAUGUUGAGGCUGCAGUGCUUUCUCUCUCUGAAAAAGACUUUGAUGCAACCAUUGCUAGGGGGAUCACCUUUAUUAAAUUCUACGCUCCAUGGUGUGGUCACUGUAAGAACUUGGCUCCAACCUGGGAGAACCUUGCCAAAGAGCAAUUUCCAGGUUUGACUGAUGUCAAAAUAGCAGAAGUGGACUGCACUGUGGAACGUAACGUCUGCAACAGAUUUUCUGUACGUGGUUAUCCUACACUUCUGCUUUUCCGAGGUGGAAAGAAAGUCAGUGAACACAACGGAACAAGAGACCUUGAAUCACUGCAUAACUUUGUCUUGCGUCAGGCAAGGGAUGAACUGUAAUAGAAGUCUGGAUGCUCUGUCCCUGGCUCUGUACAGUAGCUGAGGGAUUUCUAUCUUUGCUAAUUUUCAAAUAGUGUAUUUGGGGGGGUGGGGCUUUUUUUGUUUCUUUGUUUCUAGGAAAUUGAAUGUACUAAACUUUGGUAUCUUCCCCUUGUGUGUGUGUUAGAGACAUGUCUCUCUGUGUGUGAAGGAAAGCUAACAAGUUGUUAGUGUGCAAAUCAAGAGUAUUUUCAGCAUUGGUAGUUGCACUGCAUUUCUGCAAUGAAAGUGUAAAUGGUUUCCUUUGAGACCAAAAUACGUUAAGAAAACCAACUGAAGGGCAGCAGUAGAAUAUUUUUGUCUUCAUGUUAGAUCUGGUUAAAAAGUAAUCCUUACAAACUUCUUGCCAUUACUAGAAAGGCAAAAGCUACAGCUGUGUUGAGUCACUUUUGCCUCUAGAAUUAUACUUAAUCCUUAUUUGUCUCAAUAUAGCUGCUGAAAGGUUGAAAACACACACAUCUUUGGAAGAUACCAGGCCACCAUGAGCUGGUUGUUUCCUGUUAAUCCUCUCAGCAUGGGAGGUCUAGCCAUAAUGAAAGUGAUGGUACUGUAACAUGUGCCUGAACGUUACUGAUGCCAUAGUGUACAUGUGUCAGGUGCAUUUCCAUAGGCUUCUGCCAUCCAGCUCCAGAGGCACAACUAUGCUCUACUUCUCUAGAGCCAGAGUGAAAAAAUAGGUGCUGUUACAACUGCUCCGUUAAUGGUAAAUGAUCAGUCAGACUCCGGAGCUUACAAUGUGUUUCCUACCCCAGCCUGAAUCCAGACAUUGUGCUGACCUGCUCCUUAGUCAGAGUACCUAGAGAACAACAAAUAAUAUAAUGUUUAAUAUUUUUUCCAUUCAGCUCUUCUGCAGUAGUGUAAAAUAGUUCCCCCUCUCUUCUUGAGCCUUAACAUUUUCUCCAAGCUGUAAGCAUUGAUAAGUUUGAAUUCUAGGACCACACAUUUUGUGGUGUCUUGGAUUAUAAUAUGAAUCUAUUCUUUGGUGCAUAAGAUGUUCCAUGUUAGACUUAACUGAAAGCCAAAGAAUUUAAAUUGCAGAGACUGUCACAAUACAAAGGCAACAGCAAACCAAGGACUGAAUUCUGCUGUCUCAUGUGCACAGAAACUCAUGAGGAAUGAGGAUUGCUGCAGGCUAAUUUGACUAAUCUGUCAAGAUGCUGGGUUUUGUCCAUCAUAUGGAGUAAGUUGGGUUGCUUUUUUUUUUUUUAUUUAAAAAAAAGGCAAAACAUCAAUGGACUUUUAAACCAGUGAAUUUCUCCUGGUUCUUCACUUUACUGUCUGUCCAGAACUUUUGAUUCUGUUCAGUCUGAAAAUAUGUGAAGGUGAAAAAGCCACAGUGAAAGCUAAGUGUUGUACUGGCAGAUGUAUUGCAUCAACAUGUGUACUUCUGCCUUUCAGGAAGCCUUUAUUAUGUUUUAACAACUUUCUAGUGAAGCACAAUCUCAUGAGUUUCUUGUAUAAAAUCAAAGUGGUACAAUUGUUUACACUGAGAUUUUUUCUAAAUAAAAACUUCUUAAAAAAGCA